AUGUUGAGUAAUUUAAGAUGGCAAGAAGUAUUGCCAGGAGCAUUGUACGACGAAUUAGAGAAACUAAAUUCAGGUCAAAAUUUAAAUCAAAGGAAUGUCUUUAAUAGGUUAGUAGCAAUUUUGCAAAAAUAUCUGGAGAUAUUUAAACAGUGGGAAGAUAUUGAUAACAAGAAAAACAAAAAAAAGAUGAGCGUUGAUAAAACGAUUCAAUACAAUGGAUUUUCAGGUACAUUAAAGCAUCUUCUUGCUGGUUGUGGCUUCAAUAAGAUAUUAGAAGCUCUAUUAAUACGAGAUAACAGUAAAAAUAUUAAUGCUAAAAAUAAUGAAGGAAAAACUCCUUUAGAUUUUGCUUAUGCUAGUGGCAAUUUGGCGGUAAUGGGAAAAAUAAUAGAGAUGGGAGGAAUAAUAUCAGAAGGAGUAGCAGCAAUAGAAGAAGUAGUAUCAGAAGAAGAAGUAAUGGAAGAAGGAGUAGCAGAAGAAGAAGUAAUGGAAGAAGGAGUAGGAGCAAUAGAAGAAGUAAUAUCAACAGAAGAAGAAGCAUCAGAAGAAGGAGUAGCAGCAGCAAUAGAAGAAGUAAUAUUAAUGGAAGAAGGAGUAGGAGCAAUAGAAGAAGUAAUAUCAACAGAAGAAGAAGCAUCAGAAGAAGGAGUAGCAGCAAUAGAAGAAGUAGUGUCAAUGGGAGAAGUAGCAUUAGAAGAAGCAGCCACAGCAAUAGAAGAAACUAUGGAGGAAAUGGAAGCAGAAGAAUAUACAAGUAGAAGUAUUGAUGUUCUUCGAGGUCAAGGUGGCAACACACUUUUACAUUUGGUUACUCUGAGUGGCGAUAUACAAGUAAUCAAAGAUCUAUUAGCAGCUGGUGCAGAUGUUAAGAGUAAAAAUGAAGAUGGACUAACCCCUUUACAGUUGGCUGCUACAGAAGAGAUAUUCGAUGUUCUAUUAGAAGCAGCAGCAAUAGAUUCGUAUUUCACGCAUACUAAUAUAACAAAUGUUGCUGAACAAACAGCGCGCGCGCAGUAA